AUGGAGAGAGAGAGGAAGCGGAAGAGAGUGGAGAACAAGGAGAUUAAAGAAAAAGUAGGGGUGAAGGAGAAGGCGGAGGAGAAAGACGCUGCUGCGGUGGAUCCGCCGCCCACGGAGGCAGAGGUAGAUGAGUUUUUUGCCAUUCUAAAGAGGAUGCAAGUUGCCAUCAGGUACUUUGAGAAAACUUCUGCUCAGAAUAAUUCAUCUCACAGUGGCGGACAUGCCCAGAAACUAACGGCGUCGGAGGAAGAAGUUAUCGGCGUUAAGGUUGGUGAAAAUAAAGUGGAAAAUAGCGGUUUUGAUUUAAACACUAUUCCAGCUUCCGAUCCUGUAUGA